AUGGAUGGUUACACAGAAGACAUUGGCAAUUUUUACCACUCUCGGUUUUCCUCCAAUUCUAGUCAGAUGGGAAUUAAUGCUGCAAGAUCUCCACCCGUAAUUACUGUACCCCCAAUACAGCGCAAGGAGGUGCCCCUGAAAGAGAACAUCAAGCCUGAGACUGGCAAUGACCUCAGCUCCCUACAAACAGCUCAUGCCGAUGUCCCCAAAGACCAGCAGUUUACUAUCACCUCCAGCUCUGCCCCAGAGCCACUGUCCCACCGCAGGAAGAGGACAGUCUACAGUCAGGCCCAGCUGGAUGCCCUAGAGAUGUUCUUCCAAAGCAACAUGUACCCGGACAUCCACCACCGGGAGACCCUGGCUAGACAGAUCCACUUGCCCGAGUCACGGAUACAGGUCUGGUUCCAGAACAGGAGAGCGAAAGCCAGAAGAAGGAGCAACAAGUCUACAAAGCGAGUUGUGUUUGGAGAACAAAAUUACAAUGUCCCAUGUCCCAACAAAUACUUGUUCUCAUCUUCUCCAGGACCUAAUUUCUCAGGAGGUGUUUCUCAACACCAACAAAUAUCUACACCCCAGCAUCGCUUCAAGCCACAAAUGAGUCAGGAUAUAUAUCAUGAUUCUCCUGACUCUGUUUCUUGUAAUGAGUCCAUCAGUCAAAGGACCCCCAUACGACAGUCGGGAUAUAGCCCAGUUCUUCAAAAUAUGCCAUACACAGGCCACAUGGGGAACCACAACAUUUACAGACAUAGAGCAACAAUUAACAGCUUUAAGGAGGAGGUGAUUGACCUGAGCAGAAGAAACUCUCAAAUGUCCAUACAGGCUGUACCUUGUACCUUCAAAGUGGACUAUGACAAUUUCCCACCCAACAGGACCAUAAGACCAGAGAUGAAUGAGGUCAUUCCUCCAAUCCCUGUCUCUUCAAAUCCAUGCAGCCAUGGGGAUAUGAAUGUCUUUAUUAGAAAGAAGACCUCAGGUCAGGGUAAGCUCUACACACAUUACUCCCCUAUCUCAGAUUCUGGUGUCAGUGAUCCAUCCCCAGAUUCUGGAACCGACUGGGAUGGCAACCUUGGUACUAAUAUUCAUGCUCUGGAAUGA